CUCAAAUCGCCUCCUUCAUUAAUGGCAACUGAAGAAGCUUCUUCCUCCUCGCCGCCCCUCCACGGCAAUCCUCCUCCUCCUCCUUCCACUGACAUAGCAGCUUCAGCUUCUUCCGCUAUUGAUUUUCUCACCCUCUGUCACCGCCUCAAGAACGCGAUAGGGACGACCAUUGACCCAUACCUCUUAAAACUGAAGUAAGAUUGGAAGAGCAAGAAAGAGACAGGCUCGCUCUGGUGUAAAAGCCAAGUAAAGGGCUCUUGCUGAUACUGCAUUAGAGAUUAUUUUGUUGGGAUGGCUACAACAAGAUACGAGACUCACUUUUUCCGGGCCUACUAUUCUCAUUUGUGACAACAAGAGUGCUAUCCAAAUAGCACACAAUGAUGUGUUUCAUGAGCGAACAAAACAUAUCGAAAUUGCCUUAUUCACUUAAAGUCCAUAUUAGAGCUACAUUUGGCCAUCUCUAACACAAUACGAUAAUUGUUUGUUAUUUUUCUCACAGUAUGUUGCAUUUACCCAUGAAUAUUGGGCGAAAAAAAUGAAAGCACAAUAGAAAUGGUAAUCACAUUAGAGCUACGAUAGACAUGGUCAUCUCCAACGCAAUAUGUUAUAAAACAUAGCAAUGUGUUCUGAUGUAAGCAGAAGGUUAGAUUUCAUCUGUUUGUUGGGGGCAGGUCAUUAAUCAUAAAGAUGAUUGUGAAAAGACAAUCCGUACAAAGAUCUCAAUUUGGUUUGUGUUCUAAGUUUUUUAGCGUUGUUUGACCAUGCUACUUUAUGUCAAUCUGAAUUAGACUACGAAAAGAACUGGAUGGGUUCAGAGAAGAGUCAAGGAUCCGGAAUCCAUAGCAGAUCAUAUGUACCGAAUGGGAAUAAUGGCACUCAUUAGUUCAGAUAUUCCGGGCGUUAAUAGAGACAAGUGUAUAAAAAUGGCCAUUGUACAUGACAUUGCUGAAGCAAUUGUUGGUGACAUUACCCCAUAUGAUGGGAUUUCAAAGUCGGAAAAGCUUAGACGUGAACAAGAAGCAUUAGACCACAUGUGCAAGUUACUUGGUGGUGGAUCAAGAGCGCAGGAAAUCAGUGAAUUGUGGAUGGACUAUGAAAAUAACAGUUCACCAGAAGCGAAAAUUGUGAAGGAUCUUGAUAAGGUGGAGAUGAUUCUUCAAGCUUUAGAGUAUGAAAACGAAUUGUUGAAGAGCACAACAAAGAGGUUAACAAGGCAAAGAGGUGGGAAGAGGAAUGAAUUGGUUGAUAGCCUAGAUCAGGAUAUGGAAACUAAGAAAGAGCAAGGAAAGGAUUUGGAUGAGUUUUUUCAGUCCACUGCAGGAAAGUUUCAGACAGAACUGGGACGAGCUUGGGCAUCUGAAAUAGUAUCAAGGAGAAGUUCUGUCAAUGACAGCGCAACACCCAAAAUUUCAGAGAAUUAAGAUACCAAUUCACCGUAAACAUUUGAGGUUACAGUUUGUUUAGUGACAUAAUUGUUUCUUCUAUUUGAUUUUCCAUUCUCAUUGAUCAUAUUAAGAAAAUUUUUCAAAA